CUAACCCGCCUAGUUCACGCAACGUGCCAAACACGGGCCACCCGGUCUCUUUCCACCACGGUGCCCGUGUCCGUCCGAGCGCGCCGAGUCGAGCGGAUUGCGGAGAGCGGAGCGGCGAGAUGGCGGCGACCGGGGACAGCAGCGGCGCCCUCGUCUGCGUGACGGGCGGCAGCGGCUUCAUCGGCUCGUGGCUCGUCCGCCUCCUCCUCGACCGCGGCUACACCGUCCACGCCACCGUCAAGAACCUCCAGGACGACGGCGAGACGAGGCACCUGCAGGCUCUGGACGGCGCCGACACGCGGCUCCGGCUGUUCCAGAUGGACCUCCUCGACCCGGCCUCCAUCACGCCGGCGGUGGACGGCGCCCACGGCGUCUUCCACCUGGCUUCCCCUCUCACACUUCACCCGACUCAAGACCCCGAGGGUGAGCUGCUGAAGCCAGCGGUGAGUGGCACUCUCAACGUCCUCCGUGCCGCGAAGGACUGCGGUGUCGCCCGUGUAAUGCUGAUGGCGUCGCAGGUUGCCAUAGUGCCCAAUCCUGAGUGGCCUGCUGAUAAGGUCAUCGACGACGACAGCUGGGCCGACGUCGAGCUCCUCAAGAAACAUCAGCAUUGGUACAACGUAUCUAAAACGCUGGCAGAGAAGGCUGCCUGGGACUUCGCCGCAAAGGAAGGCUUGCAGCUGGUCGCCCUCAAUCCAGGCUUGGUAUUGGGCCCAAUGUUGAUGCCAUCCCCUACUUCUAGUCUCCAUAUGCUGCUUCAGAUUCUCGGAGGCCAGAGGUUUGACAUCGAUGACUUCUACAUUGGCUGUGUCGAUGUCAGAGAUGUGGCACAGUCCGCGGUAGUGAUCUAUGAGAACACAUCGGCACAGGGACGCCACUUAUGCAUCGAGUCCAUAGAGCGUCUGAUUGAUUUCCAUGAUAAACUUGCUGAGCUUUACCCUGAAUUCCCGAUCCACAGAAUCCAGGAGGAUAAACAAGGGUGGGUGGUGAGAUCAAAGGCUGCCUCGAAGAAGCUAAUUGAUCUUGGUGUGCAUUUCAUUCCGUUCGAAAAAACCAUCAGGGACUCUGUGGAUUGCUUGAGAAGCAAAGGUUAUAUAUAAGCCUGUGAACAUAUAUUUCGUACUCAGGUUCAGAAACUGCUGUAUUUCAGGUUUCACGGUUGAAUAAACUGUCGGAAUGCGUAGGCAUUUCCUCCCCAUCAAUAAUACACUUUUUUUAACUUCAGAAA